CAUGAAUCGGCGGUACUCCGCUUAGUCUAACUCUCGUUUACCGCCUCUAAGCAGUGGCAUUGUGCUAUUUAAAAACAUCCGCUGCGUGCAGACGAAGGAAUUUAGAACCUGCGUCUUUAGGUUGAUUUUGUUUUAGUUGACAUUGGACCCGCUGAUGUUUCAGCGUCCAUGUCCUCCCGUAGGCAGUACCGCGGAGUGAUACUCCUUUGGAACCGACAAUGUGGAGGCUGUUAAAAUGUCUACUUGGAAAAUGAAAUGGUAACAAUUUCUUUAACAACACGGAAACGGGAAACUCUAGAGUUAUGGUUUGUACCAGAGACGGGUUUGUAGUUUCGUGACAAAUUCGACUGCGAGGCGAGGAAGCGGAGGAGUGCUUCAUAUUGUCUUUGCUCAUUUUCAUCAAACCCACAGUGCGGACCACGGGGGAAGGAUCCUAUCCCUAACUUUGUUUUUCUCUCUACUCCAGCCGUUGAUUUCCUCCCGUUGGAUGCCACACAAUUGAAUUCAGCUGUUUGCUGAGACUGAAAGGCCCAAGUGAACAGCAGCAGAGAAUGGCUGCAGUGGAAACCGACAAGGAGCUCAACGACCUGCUGGAUUUUAGUGCGAUGUUUGAGCCUCCAGUUUCAAAUGGCAAGAACCGGCCAACCACUCUCGGCAGCAGUCAGUUUGGAGGUUCAGGUUUGGAUGAGAGGAGUGGGUCCAGUCCCUGGGGGCCAGGACAACAGAACAGUCCGUCUUUCAACCAGGGAAGGGGUUAUGGAGAGGAAGGCCUUUACAGUGAACAGGAAGGCAUGGCCUCUGCACCUAUAUUUGGAUCAGGGAUUGUUGGGAAGGUUGAGCGAGGACCAUACUCGUCAUUUCCAACUCAGCCAGGUUUUAUGCCCAGUGAGAUACCCAUGACCAGCCCCAACACCCUCUCCCCAUCUGGCAUGAAGUCCAACUCCCAGUUUUAUUCUUCGUACGAGGGAAGCAACCCUCGGCGGAGACCAUCACAGGAUCCCAUUGAAUCGCAGCCAAAAAAGAUCAGGAAGGUGCCCCCUGGCCUGCCCUCCUCGGUUUAUGCAUCGGCGUCAGGAGAGGAUUUCAACAGGGACAACGCUGGCUACCCUACCUCCAAGGCAGGAAAUGUCUACCCACCACCGUUUUACAUGCAAGACGGCCUCCACCCGCCCUCUGAUCCAUGGGGCUCUGCCCGGUCGAUGGUUCAGCCUGGUUAUUCUGCCAUGCUGGGGAACUCCCCCCAUCUGAAUCAGCAUGGCCCCUUCUCUGCCAUUAACCCCCAAGACAGACUGAAACGACAGCCACUGCCCCUCUCUCCACAAAACUACCCCCUGCAUGGCAGUGAGGUGAACGGAGCUCAUCCCGCUGGCUUCCACUCUGGCUCCAACAGCUUCGGGGUCCCAAGCCACACACCCCCUAUCACUGGCACUGACACAAUGAUGGCUAAUCGAGGAGCAGUGCCUGGAAGUUCAGGUGAUGAGAUCGGAAAAGCUCUUGCAUCUAUCUAUCCUUCAGACAGUACCGCCUUUCCUCCAUCUCCGUCGACACCCUCUGGCUCUCCCCAGGCUGUUUCAGGCUCUGCAUCCCAGUGGACUCGGUCUUCAGGGCAGGCAACACCUUCGCCCAACUUUGAGGAGGGAAUUCAGUCCAUGCCAAGUAAACUGGAGGACGGUCUGGAUGAAGCCAUCAAUGUUCUUCAGCGUCAUGCCAGUGGACAGGGGGUCCGAGGCCUGGCUGAAAUGCACAGUUUGCUCUCAUCUGGCUUAGGGUUACCAGCAGCCUUCACCAGUGCACCCCUGGGACUAGCUGGUCGCCUGCCUGGACUGGUGUCUGGUCACAAUGAGGACUCUGUUGGUCUGCCCUCUAGUGGAGGUCUGAUGCAAGGGCACCAUGGCCCUGCAUCUGUUCAGCAAGGCUCCCAGCCUGAAGGAUUUUCUGGUCUCAUUGGAAGCAUUAAUCGCUCUAGUGGUGCUGAUGUGAAGCGAGAGGAGAAGGAGGAUGAUGAAAACUGUUCCAUUACCGACAAGUCAGAGGAUGAAAGGAAAGACAUGAAUCCCCACCUCAGAACAAGCAUUGUCUCGGUGACCGAUGAGAACCUCACUGCCGAGGAGAAGGAGCAGAGGGAGCGAGAGCGGCGCCUAGCUAACAAUGCUAGGGAGAGGGUGCGUGUGCGUGACAUAAACGAAGCCUUCAGAGAGCUGGGCAGGAUGUGUCAGGUCCACCUGCAGAGCGACAAGGCCCAGACCAAGCUUGUCAUCCUGCAGCAGGCCGUCCAGGUCAUACUAGGCCUGGAGAAGCAGGUGCGAGAGCGUAAUUUGAACCCAAAGGCUGCCUGCCUCAAGAGGAGAGAGGAGGAAAAAGUCUCAGGUGUGGACCCCCAGAUGCAGCUUGGUGGGGGUCACCCUGGUCUUGGAGGAGACGGACAUAUGUAAUUCUUAGUUCCUGUUGAUUGUACAGCCCCAAGAACACGUGGCCUUAAUCUUUCAUUGUCAUGCAUCUCAGUGUGUGUUGAUCAACUUUUGGAAAGCACACACACCUCAUUACUGACAAGGCAGGUGGCCACAUUCCUGAUGAUGACUCAAAAGUAACAGGCACACUCUUCUUUAAAGAGGAAAACAAUUAUUAAUCUUUACAAAACUUUGAACCCAGGACAUUGGUUCAUGGAAAUUGGACAUAUGGACACUUAUGUUUGUGUUUUUGUAAGACAUUUUGAAGAAUUGCUUUACAUGUUGGGAGCAAAACUUGUUUGGAUCAAAUGAAACUUUUGGAUCAACUGCUCACUUGGGCAGAGGUAGAAUUUGUAUCGUAGAAUAAUUAUUGGCAUUCCCAUCUGAAUAAGAGGUCUUACAUUCUUCACAAGCAAAGAGGGGCGCCUGAGCUUCAAACUAACGAUUGAACAAAAAAGGCGUUGGAUUACGAAAAAAAUAGCCAACUUUAUUAUUGUCUGAUGACUGAAAUCAACGGUCGGUUUGGAGACAUCCAGCCACUGAUGGCCAAUCAGAAAAGCUGUCUUCUCUUUUGAUAUGAUGGUAACUCUGGCUGUGUUUGUAAUAUUUCAUGCGUUUAGCUGAAAAAGGUGCCACAGACUCACACAUUUUGCAGGUUUUUUAUUUUUUUAUUUUGUUACCGUGGAUCUGUGAGUCUUAUCUCUACAAGCCCUGUACAUCUGUUAUUGCUGUGGCCAUGCAAGUGGAAUGAGAAGGCAGUUGGAGAGAGACCAACCGCUGAUGCAAACAAGUGCAAAGACUCCAUACUUUCCCUCUGUGAGGCUGCCAUUGGACUCAUGUGGAUACAGAUGGCCUGCUCACUGCUCAGCCGUGCGGUCAGAUUAAACCCUCCGACCCAAAUGCAGCCAGUCUCACAUCAGCCUGCGCCUGUCAAAUCAUACCCAAAGAUGCUUUGGGAGUGUUGUGAACUCACAUUACUCACCACAAUUUUGUUUGUGUUGGAGGACAUUAGAUAAUGAAAUAAUUGAGUAUUGAAAGGGAUCAUGAGUGUUACUGCUACCUUGUGGAGAAUUUGCUCAAUCGCCAUUGACUGACUUGUUGUGGUUGUUGCUCUGUGUUGAGCAGUGUUUUGUGUUUUCUUAUUGUGUUUUCCCUUUUGAACAAUUGCAAACCUGUUAUAAGGAUUUUCAUUUUGUAGAAUUGUUUUAUCAUUGUCUUUUUUUAAUUUUUAUUUUGUAAGAUAGUUUGUAUGAGUUUUGUUUUUCUUAUUUGGAAUGCUUUCUUUUGUGUUUACAUUGUUUUUUGUAACGUGAGUCUCAAUUUAGAUUCCAGGAACAAAGUGAGUUUUUUUUCUUUUAUGCCAGGUGCUUAGAAAUGUUAGCAAUGGCAGAAAAAUACAUCUGGCUGUAACAUCACCUGCUGUGAUACUGCUCAUUUGUUUUUAAAUCCCCAUUUCAACACAGAACUGUUACGCCAGUUGUAGUUGGAUCCCUUCUAUCUUUGAGACAAUUUCUUCUCAAAUGAAACAAUAUUUUUCUUCAGCACAUCCUCUCUCCUCUCCCUGUUGUCAAGCGUACUGAUGAGCUUGUUGAUUUGUUUGAGGAAGAUGCAGAAGGGGCUGUGUGUACAAAUUGUGACAGAAAUUUGUUUUUUUAUUAUGAAACAUAAAAUGAAUUAAAAAGGGUGGCCUUAGUCAUUUCCUUGACUUGGGGAGUUUUGAUAAUGGUUACUCACCAGUGCCUGAAUAUUUCUCUGCUACAUGAUGCAUAAUGUUGCUACAUGAUGGAUAAUGUUGCAUUUAAGGAUUUUUGGGUUGGUUCCUUUUUUAUACAGCAGAUGUAUAAAUCCACAUAUAAUGACAACCUGGUCCACUACUUUGAUGAAGAGAGCGGUGUCAUUGGUUGAUUGAUUUAGUUAAAUGUCAUGUUUUCCUUGGCUGGCAUGUGCAUUAGCUAUGCACUGCUGGGGGAUGUGUUUUCAUCCGCUUUAGCAUUGCAAGCUGAUAUGAAAAGUGUUUGGUUUACCUCUGCCAGUCAUUUUGUCACAGAUGUUGGCCAGUGGACUGGCCCCAAGCAUUAUUUUAGUUUCUAAUUACUUAAGCUUUUUCAAAACAUUUGUUAUUGUGAUAAGGAAAGUGGCCACUAAAACUUGUAUUUUUUUUCUUUAACAUGAAAGAAAUGUCUGUGGCAUCAACCCAUCCAAACAUGCACCUGAUGUUCUUUCACAGACCCUUCCUGUCCUCCACAACAGAUGACCUGCUUCAGAACUUUGUCUUCAUUCAUGUUUGAGGACAACAUCUGUGUAGGCUAUGUCCUCAAAGUGCCUCCAGUUUCCUAUUUUUUAUAUAUAAAGUAGAUAUUGAGAACUGUUGUGUAUAUAACAGUAAUGUAGCAAUAAAUGUGCCAUUUUUAAUAAUAAAAACAAGGUUUAUCCAAUGUCUUCUUUCAACUCAUACACCCAACGCACGCACUUGCAGCGUGCCUCCUUAGUGGUCAAAAAAUUUUAUAUUUUUACUCUUAAACUCUUUUGUUCACAUUGUGAAUGAAUAACUUUGAGAGUAAACAUGCAUAAACAUAAUAGUAGUCAAGAGUAACUCCAGCUGCAAUGUUGUAAAAUAUUUAACACUGUAAAUGUGUAGUUUAUAUGUAGUGUGGACUAACAUUGGCGUUUUUAAAGUGUUAAAUUUAACUCU